AUGGCAGAAAAUGAAUAGAAAAGUAAUAUCAAACCGGCAAUGCUUAACAUGAAAAAUUUUCAAAUUGCUGUGGGAGCCACGUUAAUUCUUCAACCUUUAGAAGUUUUACAGACAUCAAUGAUAGCAACUGGCUAUUCAAAACAAAAUAUUAAUUUUAAAGGUUUAUCUCUAAUUGCCUCCUAAAUUUAUUCUCAAGAAGGAAUAAAGGGCUUUUAUAGAGGGACUAUUGUAUCAAUUGCAAAGAAUACAGUAUCUUUUUCAUUUUUUUUCUCGGGUAUUGAGAAAUAUAGGUAAUUAUUGAAAAUUAUAAAGAGCCCACCUGCUCAUUAUCCUGUCUACCUUUAAAGUCUUUUAAAUUUAAUGAUUGCCUCUUCAAGCAAAUUAGUUGGCACAGUAGCUUCAACACCAUUGGCUGUAAUGAGAACGAAAAUGUAAAUUGUUGGUAACAAUGAAUACAGCAAAAUUGAUAAAUGCUUCAUCAAAAUAGCAAGGGAAGAAGGCUUCUUUGGAUUUUAUAGAGUAUAUAUUAUUUUAUAUAUUAAGGGGGUCAUCGCUGCGAUUUUAAAAGAUGUACCUUUUUCUGGAAUUUAAUAUACAAUUUAUCGGAAUUUAUUAAAUUUGAGUGGUUUAUUUACAAAAGGUUAGGAUCCAAAAAAAAACUCAGCUUUAGUAGCAAUUUGCGGUUCAAGUGCAGCAAUGUUAGCAAUUAUGGUUACAUAUCCAUUUGAUAACUUAAGAAUACGAUAGUAGGCAUAAAAUAAGAGUGUAAGUAUUUUAAAUAUGAUAGAGUAAUUUACUUCUUUUAGCAAAGACAGUAAAAAUGACUGAAGGUCUUAAAGGAUUUUAUUAAGGAUAUUUACCUAGACUUAUUAAAAAAUGUAUUUAAAGUGGAGUUCUGUGGAUGGUAUACGAAAAAUUAGCAUUGAAACAGAAAAAAAAAAACAUGGAGCAAUGAAAUGAAAAAAAAUU